CAUGAUGUGUCGUUGUCAAGUUGUCAUCAGUAAGGUGGUGUUUAGGGUUGAGAAUUUUUUUACAUUUUACAGGAUGAUGAAAUAGUGCACUUGCAUAAACCAAUAUGUGUUUUGUGAGGCCCUAAACUCCAAUAUGUAUGUCCUGAAAAAUUCUGAAAACAUAGGUAGACGAAAAAUUAAUUAAAUCCAUACUUGAAUAUUCGUUUUGACAGUGUCACAAGUUCAUUAUUGGCCAUGUCGUCUUCUGCAAUUUAUAUUUUAGAUGUAAAGGGAAAGGUCCUUAUUUCAAGGAACUAUCGAGGGGACAUAGACUUGGGUGUAAUUGAGAAAUUCAUGCCAUUACUGAUGGAAAAAGAGGAGGAAGGUUUACUCACUCCUAUUCUACAAACAUCUGAUUGCACCUUCGCAUACAUCAAAACUAACAACUUAUAUAUAGUUAGUACCACCAAGAAAAAUGCUAAUAUCGCUCUAGUAUUCGUUUUUCUUCAUAAAAUCGUUCAAGUUAUGACUGAAUAUUUUAAAGAAUUGGAAGAAGAAAGUAUCAGGGAUAAUUUUGUAGUAAUUUAUGAGCUUUUGGAUGAGCUUAUAGACUUUGGUUACCCUCAAACAACUGAUAGCAAAAUUCUUCAAGAGUAUAUUACACAGGAAGGUCAUAAAUUGGAAAUCCAACCUCGCAUACCAGUUGCUGUAACUAAUGCAGUUUCUUGGAGGUCGGAGGGAAUAAAGUAUAGAAAAAAUGAAGUAUUUUUAGAUGUCAUAGAAUCAGUUAAUUUAUUGGCUAAUGCAAAUGGAAAUGUUUUACGUAGUGAAAUUGUUGGCGCUAUCAAAAUGAGAGUAUAUUUGUCUGGGAUGCCUGAACUGCGUCUUGGUUUAAACGAUAAAGUAUUAUUUGAAAGUACUGGAAGAGGAAAGUCCAAAUCAGUUGAAUUAGAAGAUGUUAAGUUUCACCAAUGUGUGAGGUUGUCAAGGUUUGAAAUUGAUAGAACAAUUUCUUUCAUUCCACCUGAUGGGGAAUUUGAAUUGAUGUCUUACAGACUCAAUACCCAUGUAAAACCCUUGAUUUGGAUUGAGUCGGUAAUUGAAAGACAUGCCCACAGUCGUGUAGAGUACAUGAUUAAGGCAAAAUCCCAGUUUAAGCGGAGAUCUACUGCGAACAAUGUUGAAAUAGUUAUUCCAGUACCACAUGAUGCAGAUUCUCCAAAAUUCAAAACAACUAUAGGUAGUGUUAAGUAUGCUCCUGAACAAAAUGCAAUUACUUGGACCAUUAAGUCAUUCCCUGGGGGCAAGGAAUUUUUAAUGAGGGCUCAUUUUGGACUACCAAGUGUUGAAUGUGAAGAUACAGAAGGAAAGCCUCCAAUACAAGUCAAAUUUGAAAUACCCUAUUUCACAACGUCUGGAAUUCAAGUGCGUUAUCUUAAAAUCAUUGAAAAAAGUGGAUACCAAGCACUUCCAUGGGUUCGUUACAUAACACAAAAUGGAGAUUAUCAGUUGAGAACUAAUUGAGUACAGUUUAUGAGUGUUGACAAUUCUUAGGCUGUAAUAUACAUAUUAUUAUUAGCUGUGUUUUCAUUCAAUAUAUCUUUCAUAUUUUCA